GCAUGAGGAAAUUGAUCGAGUGAUUGGCCGUAAUCGUAUCCCAAACACUGGAGAUCGGCGACAAAUGCCAUAUACAGAUGCCGUGAUCCAUGAAGUGCAAAGAUACAGUGAUGUCAUUCCUAUGAAUGUGGCCCACAUGGUCACUUGUGACACUGAAUUCAGAGGAUAUCAUAUCCCUAAGGGGAUGAUGGUCUUGCCAUUGCUGAGCACUGUCUUGCAUGACCCUACUAUGUUUAAAUACCCCAAUGCUUUCAACCCAGAGAACUUCUUGGAUGAGUAUGGAUGCUUCAAGAUGAAUGAUGCCUUUGUGCCUUUUUCCUCAGGGAAACGGAUCUGUCUGGGUGAAUCCUUAGCCCGCAUGGAGCUUUUCCUCUUCUUCACCACCAUCAUGCAGAAAUUCCAAUUGAAGUCCCUUGUGCCUCCCGAAGAUAUUGACCUUGCUUAUCAAAAAAGUGGCUUUGCCAACAUCCCACCCUUUUACCAGCUCUCCGUCAUCCCACGCUGAUCCCGAGGUCCCUUUCUCCUUCAGCCUGGGACACUUGCAGAAGCUGCAUUGACAGACUCCACAAGGAGAAGGAAGGGCACUCCCUCUGUUUUCUGGCUCAUAAACAGGGCUUAUUAAAGAAAAAUAAAUAGAUGACUUCAA